CAGCAGGAACUGUGCAGACACACACAUUCAGGGAACCAGGGACGGCAGCCCCUUGCACUGGGAUCUAGAGCCACAGCGCGAAAGAGAGCUAAAGGAAAACACUCAUCUAACGCAACACAAUGGCAGACAAAAUUAAAGAUGCCAAGAUCAUCUUUGUUGUGGGUGGUCCUGGUUCUGGAAAGGGCACCCAGUGUGAGAAGAUAGUUGCAAAGUAUGGCUACACUCACCUGUCAUCUGGGGAUCUGCUCCGUGCUGAGGUGUCUUCUGGCUCUGAAAGGGGCAAGCAGCUCCAGGCCAUCAUGCAGAAGGGAGAGCUUGUGCCCCUGGACACAGUCUUAGACAUGAUUAAGGACGCCAUGAUCGCCAAGGCUGAUGUCUCCAAGGGCUUUCUUAUUGAUGGCUACCCCCGUGAGGUGAAGCAGGGCGAGGAGUUUGAGAAGAAGAUCGGCAAGCCCUGCCUGCUGCUUUACGUUGAUGCAAAAGCCGAGACCAUGGUCAAGAGGCUUUUGAAGCGUGGUGAGACCAGCGGCCGAUCUGAUGAUAAUGAGGAGACCAUCAAGAAACGCCUGGACUUGUAUUACAAAGCAACUGAGCCAGUCAUCGCCUUUUAUGAGAGCCGUGGCAUUGUCAGGAAGGUUGACUCUGAGCUGCCAGUGGAUGAGGUCUUCAGCCAAGUCUCCAAGGCUAUUGACACACUGUAGUAAAACAACUAGAUGAGUUGUGUCUGGUUGUUGUUGUUGUUUUAUUUUUUAAAAUAUUUUCUCAGUAUCAAUUUCAUAAGGAUAAAACAUGAACAACAGCAGAAAUAAUACACUUCCCACUCAUCUUGGUUUAAAAAAAAAUUGAAGGUCAUUAAGCGUCAAAGAUGCCUUAACUCUACUCCUACUCCAGCAAUAGGAAUCUACAGUUUUAAGCUCACACAACAGUGGGUCUGCUUAAAGCAGCAUCUGGAAAUACAUUUGUCUUAUUA